CACAUUUAAGAACGAAAACAAACAACACUAUUAAUAGAUCUAAAACCGAGUCAGGGUACUAUAAAAUGUUAGAAAUACCUUACUCGUUUUAUGGUAUUUUGUUUGCGAUUGUAGUUAAUUCAGCGUAUUCUAAACCAUGCAAAUUUAUCCCACCAUGCACCUGUUCAACUGACAAUUAUACCUUGGAUUUAAAACCUUUGAUGAAGGCCAGAAACGAUUUGGAGUUCAAUGCCUCAGACAAGGAUUACACAUAUUAUCUGCAUCCAUGCAAUGUACCUCCACCUAUUUGCAAAAAUGUACAAAUGACUGCUUGUCAAAUAUCAAAGAGUAACAAUGUGAUCUAUGGAAUAGCAACUCAUGAUGGCAAUCAAAUAGAUGGUGAUCCAGAAACAGGAAACUUCAGCAUCACUAACAAGUAUGGCACUUUAGCUGAUAUAAGAACUAGUAUUGUGUAUGUUGUUUGUGGCUCAGAGGAAGCUACCUUUUUGGAUAUAGAGCCAAACCCUUUUAAAACUUAUAUAUUCACGCUUAGAACACGUUAUGGUUGUAUUCCUCAAAAUUCUUCUGGCAAUGGACUCAGUGUGGGAUCAGUUCUUGUCAUUCUAUUUUUUGUAUUUUUCCUGAUUUAUUUGGUUGGUGGUGUACUGUUUCUGAAAUUUGUGCGUAAAGCUGAAGGUAUUGAAACGAUUCCAAAUAUUGAAUUCUGGAAAGAUUUACCAUCACUGAUUAAAGAUGGCAUGGUGUUUACAUUCAGAGGUUGUAAAGCAGAAAGUACUUAUGAGAAGAUCUGAGAUAAUUUCUGACACAUAUAAAUAGUUAAGUGUUACUUAUUUAAAACUGAAAUACUAUAAAUGUAGACAGUUUGGUGUAGUUAUUUUUUUAACCCACUGGGAAGUAAUCUUGAUGAAUACUAGGUAAUAAUUUUAGUAUUUUUGUUGCUGUACCGGUAUUAUUUUUAGUUACUUUUGUUUUCUAAGUUAUCUUAGCUAUUUACAUUUAUCUAAAUCUAUUUAGAUAAUAAUGUUUUCAAAAUGUUAAAUAAAUCAUUUCUUGUUUAAUUUUAUUUCCUGAAAGUGUAAAUUGAAAGAUCAUCUCUCUUGUGUAUGCCUGGAAAGAUGACAAAAUGAAUGUUUCUUAUUUUUAAAGUUUCAUUUGACAUCCACAUCCUGGACUUGUAUUUUUUUUUCUUGUUAUGUUCUUAUACUUCUUUUGUCAUCUUGUGAUCAUUGAGUUGUUUACUCACUCAUCCCUGUUGCUCCAUAAAUGAUCAAGCAUUUGUCUACGGAAGUUCAAAUUUUUUACUAGGAGCUAAUAAUUUGUAGAGUAAAAUACAUUUACAUUGUACAUGCCUUGCACAUGUGAAAUUAUUGAAACAUAAAUUUUGUGUACUGUACAUCGAAAACCUUAAAUAUUGUAAGUGAGAAAAUUGACAUACAAACAGUAUUUUUUUAAUGAAAUAUUUUGAUAGAUGCCAAAAAAGUUUAGAAUAAACAGAUGCACUUUGUUAAAAAAAUGUUCAUUAUUCUUCGUAGUAAAAUGUCCUUUCCUUACUUUAGUAUAAUUUAAAAGAUCUGGUGUAAUGUCAUUUGACAACUUAUAUUCUACAAUUUGAUGCAUUUGUAGUGUAAAUCUAAAUCUAAUUUUACAAUUAUUUAUGUCAUUUUCUUUUUUUUAUGUUAAAGUUUUACAUUUAGUAUCAAGGUUAGUGUUUUAAAUAAUACUCAAAAAAAUAUUAUUUUUUUUAGAAAUUCAUUGAUUUAAGUGUAAAAAAAACUAAAAAAAAACAACAAAUAUUUAAAAAAUAUUAUUUGACUAAUUCACUUGUCCCUUACAACUGAUCUGAUAUUUGAUUAUUCAUUCCAUGGAUUCUUUUAAGUGAUUCUUGAUAACAUUUUUUUGUUUGAACAAAAACAAAUUAUCACUUCAAGUAGACUGACUGCCAGUAAUGUUUUAAAUAAUAUUAAUUACAAAUGUUGAUUGAAUGUUGAUUAGUUUAUCAUUUUGUGUGUGUGAACCAUUCAGGUUUUUCUGAAUUAUUUAACAUUUAAAACUUUGUUGAUAUUACAUUUCUUAGUUCAAUGCAUAUUCUCCAGCCCCCCCCCCCCCCCCCCUCCAUAUGUGACUUCUUUUUAUUAGCAAUAUUAACAUUUGUAUGUAAAUGGACUGAUAGAUAUUGUAGAGCAAUGAUUUUUUCUCCUCCACUCUUGAAUAAGAUCUUUGCUUAUUUUUCUUGUAUUAAUAUGAUUUUCUAUUUUUCUCUUCAUAGUUGUGAAUUUAGAAUAGUGUGAUCAUUGGUUUAAAAAAAAUCAAAUGUAUUAUAUUGUAUAGAGCAGUGGUUUCCAACUUAAAGUCGUCUCAUAAUAAAGUUAAAAUUUUAAAGAUUUUCAUUAAAAACAAACAAUUUUAAAAUCUUUGGAAAUUCUUAAGUUUUUGAUCCUACUUAUGUACAAUUCAAUCACAAUUCAAUCAUAGAUGUUUUUUUUAAAGACUUUUUUUUUAAAGAUUUUCCUUUCAGAAAGAGUAUAAUCAUAAGAGAAGUCCACAGUUCAUUUAAAAGAAAAAUUAAAUGUUGCUAACAGGUUUCUUUGGCAUAUGGAACAGCUAAUAAAAUUAAUCAGUGCAAAGAUGUGAAGCAAAUUUAAUUACCUUUUUUUCAAUUACAGGAGAAAGAAAGAUUUGGAAAGAUACUUUGAUUUUUAAAAAAUUCAAUGUAAAUCAGUGUUGAAAUUUGAAUAAAUUAAUGCUAUUGUCUAAUUAAAUAGUACAUUGAUCAUAUUAACGUCUAAGUUUUUUUUAUUUGUAAGUGAAAUACUUUUCUUACAAUAUAAUCUAAUUCUAGCAAACUUUGACCCAUUGUGGUUAGUGAAAUCAAGAUUAUACAGAUUAAUUAAAGUAUAAUUUUUUAAAUAUUUUUUUUUCUUGUAGAAACUAAAGAAAUGUUUUGUAAGUUAAUCAAUUUUAAUGCAGUUUAUUCUAAUUAUUCAUAAAAUCUUUUAAUGUCAGAUAAUUUAUUGACUUGUUGAAUUGACUGAUCUGGUUGCGUGAAGCCACCAGUGCUAGGUGUAUGUUAAGCUCAUGACAUAUAUUGACAUUACACAUGAGACUGUAAUGAGAUGAACUGUAUUUCUCCAUUUAUUUCAUGCACAUGAAUGUUUUUUUUUGCAGUUUGUGUGACCAAAAACUGC